AUGUACACUGAUCAUCAGGGCACUGAUGAUCAGUGUGCCCUGAUGAUCAGUGUAGUCCCAGCAGUGCCACCUGUCAGUAUCCAUCAAUGCCAGCUGUCAGUGCUCAUCAAUGCCACCUGCCAAUGCCCAUCAGUGACACAUCAAUGCCACAUAUCAGUGCCUACCAGUGCACAUCAAUGCCACAUCAGUGCCCAUGUGAGCUGUCUUUCAGUGCCACCUAUCAAUGCCAGUCAGUGCCACCUAUCAAUGCCAGUCAUCAGGGCUGCCUAUCAGUGCCAGUCAGUGUCGCCUAUCAGUGCGCAUCAGUGCAAUCUAUCA